AUGACUUCUUCAGAUUCAGAUGAGGUGAUAAUCUCAUAUGGAGAUGCAGCAAUUCGACCAAGUGAUUUAGAUACCCUCAAGCCUGAUGAAUGGAUAAAUGAUUCAAUCAUAACAUUCAUUUAUGAGGUCAUCAAUCGACAUGUAGGAAAAAAGGUGGGGCUAUGGCCACCUUCCGUUGUAGAGCUGCUGUCUAACCUCCCUGAUGGACAGGAUGGUGUUGAAUCAAUGCUUCCGCCGAUGAAAGACUUUAUGGUUUUACCGAUAUCGGAUCGAUACGGCAACCCAGACGGAACAGGAUCGCAUUGGUCAUGUCUAUGUUGCACAGACGGGAAAGCAAUCCAUUUAGACUCGUUGUCUCCUGCGAAUAAUGAAUCGGCAAAACUUGUCUUUAACAAAUUGUCAGAAGUUCCAAAUCUACAGGCAAACAAAUUUACCGAAGGGGAAUGUCCAGUUCAAGCUAAUGCAAGCGAUUGUGGCCUCUACGCCAUUUUAAUACCGUAUUCUUACUUUAUGGAUGACAAAUGCAAACAACUUGAAGAUGCUGUAGAGUCUCUCACUCCAGAAAGGGUUGCAGCAUUUCGUGAAGCAUUGUACGACUGGCUGAACAAAUGGGCAAACCUCUCCGACAAAGAAAAAGACAGCAUUCAUUCACACAAAGAUAUAAUCAAGACAGUCGGACAACUCAAUUGA